CCCCCGGUAGGCGCCCGGAACCAACCCCGCGGGGUGGGCGUGGGCGUGGGCUCCACAGACCAGCCCUCCUGCGAUUUGGAGCUGCCAGGCCGCGCAGCCCCUCUCGCCAGGCCGAGACACGCGACGAUUUACCGCCCCUUCCCGCGCAGGGGUGGAUCCGGUUGCCUAGUGAGAGCGACGCUACUCAACGGCCCCUCAGCAGGGACAAAAUGGCGGCGGGCUGCGGCAGCGGGGCCCGGCGAGGCGCGGGCUGCGGUUCAGCUGGGGUGUGGAAAUCCCACAGGAUCCUGCCCCAUCCUGCCAUGCCAAAGGAGACUUUGAUGCAUGGAGACUUCCUGGCUAAGGAGGAGGAGUACAAGCAACUGAACGCAGAAUUAGAAGCAAAAACAGCAGAGUUGGUGCGACAGGCCGAAGAAGUAAUAAGAGAUCAACAAGAGAUGCUAUCAGUACCAGUUUCAACACAGGUUAAAUUGUGUGAAGAUGACAACAAGCAACUGAGAGAUGUGCUUUCUCCUGAACUGCCAAUCCUUACACUUUCACAUAUUAAGCAACCAAACAAAAAAUCUGGUUCCAUGUCUACAGCUCAGAACAGACCACACUCUGGCAGUAAGGUGAAGAGAACAACUUCAAGUGCAAAACUAAGAAGCGUUGAUGUAAAAGCUGCUGAUGAUGUUGCCAUCCUGGAGGACUUCACAGAUUUUUCUCUUGCAAAGACAAUUAGCAAAAUUGAAGGAAAACUGGAGGAAGGAGACUUGCUUGAAAGUCUAGGUGAUAUUGUUCCAAGUGUAGGAAAUGAAAUUGGAACAGAAGCCCAGAUCAGAUUUCUUAAGGCAAAGCUGCGUGUUAUGCAGGAGGAGCUGGAUAGUAUUAUACGUGAAUGUAGUAAAAAGGAUGAUGAGAAUCGGCAUUUAAACUCUCAGGUUAAAGAAACUGAGGAAGAACAUGCUAGACUCCAGCGAACACUCAGUACUCAACAGUUUCAAACUGAAAAGUACAAAAUGCUGUCAGAGGAAGCUAACAGGAAAAGUGAAGGAUUACAGCAACAGCUCACUGCAGUAGAAAAGGAACUAGAGAAUCUAAAGCGCAUACAAAAGCAGGCUUCUACCCGUCAGAGUGCUACAGAAGUUCGCUUAAAUAGGGCUCUUGAGGAAGCGGAAAGGUAUAAAAUGGAGCUGAAUAAACUGAAGCAAAGCAAUAAGGACAUAGCCAACCAAGAGCACAAAAAAUUCGAAGAACUAAAAAUAGCAAACAAGAGACUGGAGAAACAAAAAGGAGAACUAAUGACAGGUUUCAAGAAACAGUUAAAGUUAAUUGAUAUUCUGAAGAGACAAAAGAUGCAUAUUGAAGCAGCUAAAAUGCUUUCUUUUACUGAAGAAGAGUUCAUGAAAGCUCUUGAGUGGGGAAAUUCCUGAUGCAGUGUUUAAUACCUUGGUUUGAAAAUCAGUUCUGAUUGUAUGCUGUUUUGAAAGUAUUAAUAUUUACCACAGAUGUUCAAAUAGAUAGUUUUAGAUUAAGCCUGCUAAAAUUGAUCAAUUUUUAAAAGUUAUAUGAUAAACAUUUUAAUGUUUGAUUGUAAAUAGUUUUGUGUUGCAAUAUACGUUGAAAUGGUGUUAGUCAUCAAACAAUUUAGCUAAGUGGUCUAUAUCCUCACAGACUGUAAUGGGUUAGGCAAGCUGUACAGAGAGAACACACUAUAUACACAUCUGUUUUUGUUACCAAUUUUCUGUUUUCAUACUGAUAGUUUGAAACUGUAGUUGAGAUAAGAUGAAAAACACUGCUGUCCAAAUAAAAGGUAAUGUUUAUAUGUCUCAGAAAAGUGAGGUGAUAGUUCAAAAACCUCAUUAAUGGGGAGGAAAAUUUUACAACUUGGACAUAAAAACAUAAAUUUUAUUGUAAAAAUAAAGGUUUGGGAACUA